GGCGGGAGGCGGCCGCUCGGCCUCGCCCUGCCCCGGGGCCGCUCCCUGCUCAGACCGGGCUGAGGGGCCAUGGGCGCGGGCCGGGGCUGCGCGCUGCUGCUGCUGCUCUGGGGGGCGGCCCGGGCCGCGGCGGCGGCGGCUCCCCCGCUGUGCAACGUGAGCCUGGAGCAGGAGCCGCGGCAGCGCUGGCUGCCCGCCCUGCGGCACUUCGACCCGGCCUUCCUGCGGGCGGCGCUGGCCCGGGUCAUCGAUGAAACUGUACCUAAGUGGGUCCAUGCUGCCAUUUGGCCAGUAGCAGAAGAACUGGAGUUUUUUAUCCCUCAACCCUUUGCAGGAGAGAUCCUGGGAAUGUGCAAGGCACUGGGGAUUAGUGUUGGAGAUGGAAUUCUCAUCAAUUUGGCCUAUGAAUUUUCUGCGUUCUGUACCAGUAUUGUUGCUCAAGAUUUCAAGGGAAACAUUUACCAUGGUCGGAACAUGGAUUAUGCUUUUGGAGAUAUUUUACGCAAGAUUACAAUUGACGUGCAGUUUAUGCAAAAUGGGCAGGUAGCGUAUAAGGGUACCACAUUUAUAGGCUAUGUGGGUUUAUGGACCGGACAGAGUCCACACAAGUUUACAAUCUCUGGUGACGAACGAGAUAAGGGAAGAUGGUGGGAGAAUGCAGUAGCUGCUUUCCUGGGUCGAAAUGUCCCAGUCAGCUGGCUUGUCAGGGAUACCCUGGGCACGGCUGCAGACUUUCAAGCUGCCGUCCUCAAACUGGCUGCGACCCCGAUCAUUGCGGAUGUUUACUACAUCGUCGCCGGGACGUCGCCCAAAGAGGGUGUGGUCAUCACAAGGAAUAGAAGGGGGCCGGCAGACAUCUGGCCUCUUGAGCCCACAGCUGGAGCGUGGUUCCGUGUAGAGACAAACUAUGACCACUGGACAACCCCUCCUCCAUUUGAUAAUCGAAGAACUGCAGCCAUUAAAGCUCUCAAUGCCACUGGAUGGGAGAAUAUUAAUUUUGAGACCCUCUUUCAGGUAUUGUCAGUGAGGCCUGUCUUAAACAAUUACACAAUAUAUACCACAGUAAUGAGUGCUGCAGUCCCAGACAAGUACAUGACACGGAUCAGAACCUUGGAGUGAACAUGUACAAAAGGAGGAAAAGCUGAAGCUUUCCAAGUCCAGCAUUACUUUUAAACUAAAUUAAUGCACUGUAGUUGUUUUGUACAAAACAAUUCCCUGAAGAUUUCAGGUAAAGCUGACUUGCACGAUUCUGAUUUUGUUCAUGUUCUGGAAUGAAGAUGUGAUUUUGCACUCCACAUGCUUUAUGAAAAUAUGCUUAUGAAUGUGAAUAUGAUGUCACUGGAAUAUGCUUCAUGCAAAAGGUCUCUUGUAAGGUAUCAUUACAAAGCUUAUAAUCUGAAUGUGUUCAUCCUAUUUGUAUGUAUGUAUCAUUCUUGUAUCUGAAGCUAGAAAUAUGAAGUAUAACUCUGAGAUCCUAUUGUUACUAUGCAAAGUGUGGGCCAUUAAUGGUGGCUUAGAAUUUUGAUGGCUCCCAUUGACUAGGACAGUUGGUUGUGAAUGGGUUUAUUUACCUGCAAGCCUUCCUGUGUACUGUGGGCCAGCCUCUGGGUAAUGAAGAAUGAGGUCUCACAGGACAUGUGAUCAUGUCACAUGAUACUGGAAUUCAUCUUAAAUCUGGUACUUUUCCAUUUAGAACCCAAAGGGACAAAAGAUUCCCGCCUGAUGCCACAGGUAUAAAAGGGGGUGGAACAGAACAAAGGGGGCUGUCAGUCAUGAGAACACCCCUGCUUUUCACCUACGAUGUCUGCUGGAACUAACAAGGACUGUACCAGGGGAAAGGAUUUGGCCCAGACUAGGAAGGAUUCUAGUCUGUGAAAGUAUCAGAGGGGUAGCCGUGUUAGUCUGGAUCUGUAAACCUCUCCAACGUAUCAUCAGUGAGCUACAACCUAUCCUGGACAACGAUCCCUUGAUUUCACAGGCCUUGGGAGGCAGGCCAGUCUUCGCCCACAGACAACCAGCCAAGCUUAAGCAUAUUCUCACCAGCAACCACACACCGCACCAUAGUAACUCUAACUUAGGAACCAAUCCAUGCAACAAACUUCGAUGCCAACUCUGCCCAUAUAUCUACACCAGCGACACUAUCACAGGACCUAACCAGAUCAGCCACAACAUCACCAGUUCAUUCACCUGCAUGUCCACCAAUGUAAAUACGCCAUCAUGUGCCAGCAAUGCCUCUCUGCUGUGUACAUCGGCCAAACUGGACAGUCCCUACGUAAAAGGAUAAAUGGACACAAGUCAGAUAUUAGGAAUGGCAAUAUACAAAAACCUGUAGAAGAACACUUCAGUCUCCCUGGACACACAAUAGCAGAUUUAAAGGUAGCCAUCCUGCAGCAAAAAAACUUCAGGACCAGACUCCAAAGAGAACUGUUGAGCUUCAGUUCAUUUGCAAAUUCGAUACCAUCAGCUCAGGAUUAAACAAAGACUGUGAAUGGCUAGCCAACUACAAAAGCAGUUUCUUCUCCCUUGGUGUUCACACCUCAACUACUAGAAGAGGACCUCAUCCUCCCUGAUUGAACUAACCUCGUUAUUUCUAGACUGAUUCUUGCCUGCAUAUUUAUACCUGCCUCUGGAAAUUUCCACUACAUGCAUCCGACGAAGUGGGUAUUCACCCACGAAAGCUUAUGCUCCUACACGUCUGUUAAUCUACAAGGUGCCACAGAACUCUUUGUCGCUUUUUAGUCUGUGAAAGAAGCUUAUUGGAACAUCUCUGAGGGUGAGAUUUUACCUGUAAACAGUUUCUUAAUGUAUUAGGCUUAGACUUGUGUGGUUUUGCUUUAUUUUGCUUGGUGACUUACUUUGCUUUGUCUGCUAUUACUUCGAACCACUUACGUGACGGUUUACAGGGUAAACUCAUAAAUUGUCCGCCCUCUAUAACACUGAUAGAGAGAUAUGCACAGCUGUUUGCUCCCCCAGGUAUUAAUUACUUACUCUGAGGCUACUUAGAAUCAAACACAUUGAGAUACAAGUACAUAGCCAAUAUUCAUAACUUCAAAUACAAAAAUACAAAAAUGAUACACACAUACAGACAGCAUAAUCAUAACCAGCAAACUACGACCUUUCCAUAGACAGCCCACUUGACCUCCCCUGUACAAGACCUGGUGGAACCAUAGGACCCUGGUUGCAACAAUGAUCUAUACGGUCACAGUUCAUGUCAAUAACGUCACACCCUACCACUUAAAUCCUACUUUUUAUACUUAAUAAAAUCAUUUUUGUUUAUUAGUAAACCCAGAGUAAGUGAUUAAUACCUGGGGGAGCAAACAGCUGUGCAUAUCUCUCUAUCAGUGUAUAGAGGGCAGACAAUUUAUGAGUUUACCCUGUAUAAGCUUUAUACCGAGUAAAACUGAUUUAUUUGGGGUUUGGAUCCCAUUGGGAACUGGGUAUCUGGGUGCUGGAGAUAAGUGACCCGCUGAGCAGUUUUUGGUUAAAGUCUGCAGCUUUGGUGGCACGGACCAGACCUGGGUCUGUGUUGCAGCAGGCUAGCGUGUCUGGCUCAACAAGGCAGGGUUCUGGAGUCCCAAGCUGGCAGGGAAAACGGGCUCAGAGGUAACUUCAGCACAUCAGGUGACAGUCCCAAGGGGGUCUCUGUGACCGAACCUGUCACAGAAGAUUUUACUAACUUUUUAAAAAUUUCGGUAGGUUUCUAGCAGAUUUUUAAAAGAGAGGGAACUGAUUUUUACUUGUGUUUCUGGAAUGCAAUGUGCACUUUAAAUGAAUGUACUGAUGAGUUUAUUAAUAAUAAAAAGUCUCUCUUUUUGCUUGGCCAGUAAGAAAAUACUGAAAUAAAAAUAUUCAGCAGGC